AUUCCCUUUGACAAAUAUUGAAAUAUAUAAGUUCGACCCUUUUGUGUGCCGUUUACUCUCAGUUUUGUCUACGUUACAGCUGUUUUUCGUAACUUUAUAUAUUCCCUAUAAUAGUCUAGUAAAUUCUGGUCCAAUUUAACAAUGGCAAGCAGUGGAAAUAGACGGGAAAUAUCGCAAGGCAAAGAAGUGAAACCACGUACUUUCAAAGUCUCAAAUUUUGACGAUGUGGAUUCCUCUUAUCAAGUUGAUUCUGGUAUCGGCGACAGCUUACACAGUAUACCAUCGGAUAGAAGCGAUACGAACAGUUAUUCCAUUGAUGACGAAUCGCGUGAUCAGAAGUGCGUCGAUUCUACGGACUGCAUACUACAACAAACCCAAAACCUUCAAAUUAAUGAUCCCGAAAUAUGUAAAUCUAUUGACGAUGGAUAUACCUCUAUUUCCCCUGAAAGGAGCGUAGAAUUACCUAGUUUACCCUCAACUAACAAAGAACAAGCUAUGGACCAUCCUUUCCAGCACCAAUAUGUUUCGGUUUACGAUUGCAUGCGAUGUUUUGCUCAAACGCAAGAUUUCAGAUACGUGCUGGCGCCAUUUUGGCCUACGUUGUUACAUUGCAACGAUGAAGGAGACACGUACGUAUUUUUAAAUUUAGACGUUUUAAAUGAAGUUUAAGACCAUAAAUACUUUGGAUAUUAAAUAAUCUAAAGAACAGACAUGUUUUAGGGCGAAUUAGGGCAAAAAAUAUUGUAACGUAGCAAUAAAAUGACUCGACAAAUAUAAAAGUGAAAGGAAAAUGCAGAGGGAAUGUCCCUUUCUUUGCUGGGGGUCUUGCGUCUUUGAAUGUUCGGUAAAAAAUUUUUAUCAUGUGAUAGUGCGAUAUUUAUUCAACUAUUUUUAUGUAUAUACAUUUAAUAUUCCUUUUCAAUAGUUAUUAAGACGAUUUUGAGUUUUAAAAGCUGAUUUUUAAAAACUUGGAAGGAAUCGGAACAACAUUCCAAGAAAUUAAUGAGCCAAUCCUUUGAAUCAUUGAACAAUAAAUAUCUACUUCCUUCAUAUCUGAAACUCAUGCUCGUUAUCAUCCGGCUCGUGACGGCAUCAGCUCAUAAGUGUUUUUGUCUUGUGAUGUCUUAGAAUUAAUCAAAAUAGAAUCUAUUUCAUACGGUACAUACACAAAAUCAAUAUUUUCUGCAAAAUGUUUCCAAAAAUGUCGUAUUUAUUGCCAUGGAAACGUAUAAGACAUAAAAUAAUCUCAACUAUUUUUUACCAUUUUUAUUCUAGGUCUUUACAUUUGGCAAUCAUUAACUGCAAUGAAGAAACCAUCCAUCAGAUUAUAGACGUACUUCCAAGACCCGAAUACUUUGAUGUUUAUAACGAUAUCACUCAAACCCCGCUGCAUUUGGCAGCAAUAACAAGACAGCAUAAAAUUGUAGGAAAGCUUAUCGACCGAGGAGCUAGCAUUGAUUUGGUCGACAGAAAUGGACAAACGUGCAUACAUCUUGCAUGUCAAAGAGGAGACCUCAAGACCCUUGGAGAAAUUUUCAAACCAAGGCCAGGAAGACGAGAACUACAUGAAAAAUUGCAGGAAAUUUUGGAGACGAGAAAUUUUGAUGGUAAGAUUUCGCUUUUCUGUUUCACAUGAAACUUUGAAGGUUAUAGAUUAGCUCUGCAACUUACAUCCUUAAAUGCAAACAGUAAAUUAUAAUAUUUUUUUACAUUCUAGGUCUGACACCUCUCUGCGUUGCUGUGAAAGCAAGGCAUAUUGAAAUUGUGAAAGAAUUAAUUACACUUGGUGCUGAUGCGAAUGCUGCUGUAAGUUAGUUUGUAAACUAAUUUUUUUUGGAUGACUCAUUUCUUUGUCUGUUAUUUCCCCAGAGCUCUGGUAUUUAAAACAUUAUCCCUUUAUUGGCCCAAUGUCACGACAUAAAACAAACUUUAUUUAUACCCAAUAAAUUUUGAAUGUUUAUGCCAUUGCUAAUCCACAUUAACUUUUUUUACAGGACAGCAAAAGCGGAAACACUGCUCUACAUCUGGCUGUCGAAGACAAUAACCUUGUAAUGGUGUCCUGUUUACUGUUCAAAGGCAAUGCCGACCCUAAUGCAAUGUCGUAUUCUAGUAACACCCCUUUGCAUAUUGCAGCAGGUUUGGGACUCGAUACCAUUGUUGCAACGCUAAUUGCCAUGGGAGCAAGUGGUUCGAUAGAAAACUUAGAAGGAGAUACGGCAUUUAGAAUUGCGAGCGAAAGUGAUGAGGAUUUGUUUGACAAAGAUGUCCCAGAUCAGGAUGUCUUAGACGAGGAUUGCUCAGACCACGACGUCGAUCAUGAAGAAAUGGAAAAUUAAUUGUUUCAUGUCUGUCACCUUUGAUCACAGUAAUUUGGACAAAUAAUUUGGUCUAAUUUUGUGUGUUUGUUGUUUACUUUUGGUGGGCCACUCUGCACCUGGAAAUGACUGAUAGUGGCUACAGCAGUAAACAUGUGUGCCUUGCUUUAGCAAAGAGACAUCGUGGAAUGUUCGUUAUAGUUUUCUUGCUGUGAAAUCAGUAUUACAGCAGUGGAACAGUUAAUUGUUAUCAAUGUUUAAUAUUUGUUGUGCAUUACUGAAUUAGACAUAAAUUAUAUAUCCUCACUAGUAAUUGAAGACUGUUUUGCAACAGGUUUGGGUACCUAGUGGCUAGUACAAUAUUUGAUCAUUAUGGUUUUAAUUAUUCACUAUAUUGAUUGAAAUUAAAUUUAUUAAAACAAUAACAUUUUUGUACCCAAUGAAGGCCAAUUAGUAAAUCAAUUGCAACCAGUGAAUAAUACCAAGCUAAGAUCUCCUUACAUACCUUGGUCUGACAGGACUUCUGCGCUUGAUUCUGAUACGUUUAGGUAACUUAGGCCUUAGAAAAUUUAUUUAGCAUUACUGUGGAAACAGUACUGCAGAAGAUCAGAAGGUAUAAUAUACCAUGUCGCUUGUAAUUUUUAAUGUAAAUAAGUUAUUAUAUAUAUAUGGAAAAAAAUU